GUCGUGCUUUGUAACAAUCAACACUAGCAAAAUGAAUACAUAUUGUGUGAUUUUUUUCUUGGCUGUUGCAUUCCUAAGCGGAAUAGAGAGCAUAUCAGAAGCUGAAAAAGCCAUGAUGUUCGCACUACAUCAAAAAUGCUUACCUAUCUCUGGAGCUACUGACGAAAUGGCCAACCAAGCAAUGACAGGGGAGUUUCCAGAAGAUCCUGCCUUUAAAGAACACGUAUACUGCAUGUCUAAAGGUUUUGGAUUCUUUAACGAAAAUGGUGAAGUAAAUACAGUUGCAGUGGAAGCUGAAUUGAACAAGAGAAUUCCAGACCCAGACCUAAGGGAAGAAGUUAAAGCAAAAUGUUUAGUAAUGAAAGAAACUCCACAGGAAACUGCUUUUCAAACUGCUAAAUGUAUGUUUGCUUAUAAAGAUCAACUUAUGUAAUUAUAAAUUAUUCUACAAUCCGAUAUGUUAUAUAAAGUUUAAAAUAAACGAAAAUAAAUAA